UACUACUACGUACGUCCAUAUAUGCAGCCCUGUUUUUUUCGUGUAGUUUGUUUAUAUCGGAAUAAUCUGCGCGCUGCUGCUGGCGAUUAUUGCAUGCAGUGGACGAUGACGAUAGGCAACAAACGACAACAUGUCAUUGAGGCAAAAACAAUGCCACCAUAACAGUUGUUGGUCGAUGAAAUGUUUAUGCUCAACUUUGAUUCUCUCUCGCUCUCCCAUGCCCAGACUCAUUGGCAUUCAUGUGUAUCUGUGGUUAUGUGUGUCAUUAUUCCCCGUGUAAAUGGUUGAGUUCUCAUAAACAUGUGUGAAGGUGAGAUGUGUUGUUUUUACUAUGAAAGAGAGAGGGAGCGAAGAGAGCGCCCGACAGAGAUGUGUCAAUUUUCAGUGUUGGGGAUUUCUUUUUAAUGGACGACUCCUCUUCCUCAUGAGUGUGUGUGUUUGUGUCAUUCGCAUGAAUACACAUUUUUUGUGUUUUGACUACGGACUACGAGAGGAAGAGGCAUGCAAAACAAAAUACACAAACAAAAAAAUGGAAAACGAAAAAGAAGAAGCAAAAGCAGAGGUGGAAAGAAACAGCGACAACUACUAAACGUAACAGCACGAAGAAUGCCUGAAACACUGAAUAGACAUCAGUUUUAGUUUUUCUUUGUGCCUCUUAAGAGUUAGGACGUGGUAUUUUUGAUGACGGAAGAAAGAAACAGCUUCAAUUAUAAAUUUUUGCAUUUUGUUUUUUGGAAAUCAUCAUCUUUGUGAAAUUCAAAUAAUAAAAUAAAUGGAAAUCUAAAAAGUGUUUAAAAUAAUAAUUAACAACAAAUCAAAAACGUUUUUUAACAAUACAAAAAAACGAACAUAAACUGUGAAAAACAAUAAGUGUUGGAAAUAAAAUUUGUUGAAUGCAUAAUUUACAACAAUAAACAAAAUGUGUCCAAAUCAUCAUCAUUGUGCAUUAAAACCGUGAUAUUUUGUUAUCAUAUUUUUGAAUGUGCUUUUAUGUGGAUGUCGUUUGAUCAUCAUCAUCAUUAAGCAGAUAGAUACAACAGCAACAUAUUACCCAACACCUAAAAAUAUCAACGAACAAAAAUAACAAGCAAGAAAAGAACAAGCAUAAAUUGUUUACCAUUAAUAAACAAUAAUCCCAAAAAGAAACCCUGAACAAAAUGUUUAACUUUCAUAAACCUCGAACCUAUCGGUCAACCGAGGGUUGUUGCAUUUGUCGUGCCAAAUCAAGCAGUUCACGCUUUACCGAUUCACGUAAAUAUGAGCGUGAUACGAUGCAAUGUUUUGAUCUCAAAUAUCCUCGGCAGGGUGAAAUCUGCAAUGCCUGUGUGCUGUUGGUGAAACGUUAUAAACGUUUGCCAGUUGGCAGUAAACGUAAUUGGAGUCAUGUUGUUGAUGCUCGCGCUGGUCCGGGUAGCAGUAAAAUCCAAACAAAGUACAAAAGUGAUCGUGGAACUUCACGUAGCCAUCAAUCCUCAUCCAAUGCCGGAAACAACAACAGCAGCAGCAAUAGUGGUGCAAGCCCCUCAAACUCAUCUUGCUCAAGCAGUAACUCAAGUGCCAUCAAUGGCACAACCUCCAAUGGCCAUAGCAACAACACCACCCUUACAUCAGCCUCAUCAUCGUCGUAUAUGCCGGAAAAAUAUUCGAAAAUUUUCAAAAAGUCCAAGAAACUUAAGGAUUCCACAUACAAACGUAAAUCUUCCAGCAAUGGUUGGUCUCUCAGUGCAGCUGGAUCACAUUCACUGCCCACAACCCCAGAUUCACUGGACAGUGAUUAUGAAGAUUCUCGUUUGCAUGGUUCCUUGAAUGGCAGCGGUGGUGGUGGUAUUGGUAGUCUAGGAGGCACUGUUGUACAAUUUCAAACCCAAACUCGAGCUUCAGCUUUUCGGGCUCAAGUUGCGGCCGAAGCUCGUAGACGUUACUUGAAAUUGGGUAGCAAACGGCGUAAAUGUUUGCCGCCUCUUAAAAACCGUCGCUCAAUUGUCUAUGAAUCCAGCAUAAAUUUUUUCGAUGAAGACGAGUGGCAAGAAAAGAAAUCAUGUUGUGGUAUGUUAUAUGAGUGUCCUGCCCUGGGUGGAGCAUUAAUUGUAGAUGUUGCCCACUAUAAACCAUGUGAAAAACAUCAAAAUUUGGAUGCAAAGGAGGAGACAAAAGACAAAACAGUAACAAAGGCAUUACAACACGGUUUACCAGCUGUGGUCCAAUUACAAACUCCCAACAAUUCGGUUGCCUCCUCAUCCACCAGCAGCUCAGCAACAUGCUCAAGUUUGUCCUCGACGUCGUUAUUAUAUGACCGACCGGCCACAACAAUAACGCCAGUGGCGGCCGCAUCAUCCUUAACCAUUACCAAAUCAUCCACACCAGUGCUUAAGAAACAUCAUUUGUUCUUUAAAAGACAAUCGGAGUGUUUUCCUCAAGGUGACAUGGUCACUGCAAGUGAAACAAACUAUUAUUCAACUAAAAAGACUGAGUCUGAUUACAAUAACCAUACACAGCAGCAACAAUUUGCUCAACAGCAAAGACACAACGAUCAUGGCGCCAUACAUUCAUCGCACAUGCCCUUAUCUUCCACCAGUGGCUCCUCUUCAUCUUCAAGUUUAAGCAUUUCUGUUAGUUCUAUAGCAGCAUCUUCCACCUCCUCCACUACUGCUGCUGGAUCAUCAUCAUCAUCUUCUUCGUUAUGCCUAAAUAUGCCCAAACAUUCCUUAGCCAAGGUUACCACAAUAUCGCCAACGUCAAGUCUUCAUCAUCAUCAUCAUCAUCUCAGCACUACAACAACGGCCUUAAACAACAGCACCACAACAACAAAAUCAUCAUCCUCAGCAAAUGCCGCCGCCCACCACAGCUUUUUGCAUAAACUCAAAACAGCUGAUACCGGCAAGAUUGUCAAACAUUCUUUGGAAAAAUUCAAUACCGCUGUACGGCUAAAAAUCAGUGAUCUUAGCGAAAUGAAACCCAUUAUAAAAACUGUCGAUAAGUCCUACAUUUUGGCAAAACCAUCAGCAACAAUUGCAAAUCUUAAUAGUUUACAUAACGCUGGCGUUUCUGUGACAAUGGCCAGCAGUAAUAACGGCGCAACAACGACAGCAACACCAUAUCAAAAUUUAUCUUCAUAUAAUUCCAUGGCCCAGCCGCCACUAACAACGGCCUCAAUGUCAGCAGCAUCACCCACAUCGUCGACAUCCUCGACGUCAUCGACUAAAUUCAGUGAUAAUUCCUCCGAUUCGGGUUUCGAUGAGAACAUGCUGUUGGAGCGUAAAUCUGCAAGUCCAUUGCAGGAAGAUUUGGAAAAGAAAAUGUUGAGUCGUCACGGUGUCCAGACAAUGUUUUUGGCCAGUGGGGUGCAAAUUCAGGGCCAGGCCCAAAAUUUGGUGUUAACCGGCAAUGAGGUGGCUGCCAAAAUUUUACAAAAUCGUAAAUACACAUCAGUAACGACGUCCGGAACGAAUGCACGUUUAUCCAGUCAUCCCACAACAACCGCUGUCAAAAUUGCCCAAAUAUCAACGGGAAAUAAUGGCAGCAACACCACAUCAUCGCUGAGCUCAUCCACGUCCGUGGCAGCGGCCCAGGCUAAAAUGCGUGCAAUCUACAACAGUAGCAAUACCAUACAACAUGAAAAUGGCAUUACGACAAUUGUGCCAGCCUCCUCGCUGGCGGCCUCCUCACAAUUGGCAGCCAUGCAAAAUAUUGCCCAAGCUCAGGCCCAAGUGACCAUAACGCCGGCACCGCCCAGUAAUUUAAGUGGUGGAGGCGGCUCCUCCGGAUCGCAAUACAAUGCCCAAAAUAUUAUAUCAAGAAAACUAACAGCGGCCAAUAUUAUUAAUUUACAAAGCAAUAAUUUAAGCAAUACAACAGCAACAAUACAACAUGGCUCAAGUAGUAGCAAAAGCAACAACAGUAAUAGUACUUGUAGUAGUAGUAGUAGUGGUAGCAACAUUAGUGGCAAUCAUCAUUUGAAUACAACAGCAACAACGGCGACGACAAAUCAAAAAAUUAUACUUUUAAAGACAACAUCUUCGUCGACGUCGACGAAUCACCAUCACCAUGCGACACCACCAUCCAUGAUGUCGUCGUCUGCAGCCAUAAACUCUGGGGCCAAGUUCAAUACAACAACUACAACGACAGGUGGUCAAGGUGGUGGUGGUGGCGGCAGUGGUAAUCGUUAAGUUGUUGCUUGUUUUUUAAGACAUAGCUACCAUAAGAGUUAUAAAAUCUAUUAUAAAUAAUAAAAAAUAUGUGUGUAGAUUUGUUUAUAUUAUAUAAUUAAUUUAAAAGAAGAAUAAGAAUUAUUUAAAAAAAGAUUUAAAACAAAGAAGAAGAAGACGAAGAAUAAUGUGGAAAAAUACAAACCAUUUUUUGUAAGGUAGUUGAUAAUGAUAUGAGGAACAAAAGCAAAAUAUCUAGAACUUUUUUGUUUAAGUUCUGCUAUUACGUUUUUAAAAGUUGUUCAUACUCCCUCCUACCCCCCUUUAUAUAUAUCUCUUUCUAUCUCUUCUCCCCAACCUUUCCCACCACUACUUUUGUAUAAAAAAACUAUUUCUCCAAAAAUUAUGUUAUUUUGUAAAAUGUAGUUUUUAAAAAAGAAAAAGAAAGCAAAGCAAGUAAACAAACAAACAACAACAAAUACACCAAUAAA